AUGUAUAGUAAAACCAACAACCCACUAACGACAGAGGAGUAUAACUACAUGUAUAGUAAAACCAACAACCCACUAACGACAGAGGAGUAUAACUACAUGUAUAGUAAAACCAACAACCCACUAACGACAGAGGAGUAUAACUACAUGUAUAGUAAAACCAACAACCCACUUAAGACAGAGGAGUAUAACUACAUGUAUAGUAAAACCAACAACCCACUAACGACAGAGGAGUAUAACAACACGUACAGUAAAACCAACAACCCACAAACCACAGAGGAGUAUAACAACACGUACAGUAAAACCAACAACCCACUAACGACAGAGGAGUAUAACUACAUGUAUAGUAAAACCAACAACCCACUAACGACAGAGGAGUAUAACUACAUGUAUAAUAAAACCAACAACCCACUAACGACAGAGGAGUAUAACUACAUGUAUAGUAAAACCAACAACCAACUAACGAUAGAGGAGUAUAACUACAUGUAUAGUAAAACUAACAACCAACUAACGACAGAGGAGUAUAACUACAUGUAUAGUAAAACCAACAACUAA